AUGCAACAACUGAUGCGAGAGCAAAAAAUAGACAACGUGUUGAUUGCGGGAGACUUUAACUGUCAUAGUACAACAAAGGGAUAUGCUACCACAGAGCCAAAGGGACGUACCCUGGAGGAUUUUAUUUCAAGCAACAACCUGAUCUUGCAUAACCAGCAAGAUGCGCCACCGACUUUUGAUCGCGUCCACUCAAGAGGGUGGCCGGACCUUACAGUCUCGACCCUUCAAAUGGCACAACUAGUACAAGAUUGGAUGGUCGUGGAAGGCGUAAGCCUUUCCGACCACAAUUACAUACGAUUCACCAUUGCCAGAGCCACAGAAACAACUAUCAUCAGAAGGUACAACCUACCAGGUCGCAAGGUCAGGUCAUUCGUUACAGCUAUCAAAUCACGCCUGGCACCCUUUAGCAAUCGAAUUGAGCAAGCAACCACUAGAGAGGAACUACAUGUACUCACGAGUGAACUGAUGUCAACCAUUAGGACGACUUGUGACGACAUCCUACCAGUACGAACAAUACGACGGGUCACCACAUUAAACUGGUGGAAUAGCCAAUUACGCGCGCAACAGCAAAAGUGUCGUGCCUUAAGACGACGGCUAAAAACGGGAAAGCUGUUCAAACAGGCCUCCUUUCAUCUCCUGCCCAUACCUAACACCAAUGAACACCUCACUGAAGCUACAUUGACAGAAGUGCUCAACACGGUCUUUACGAAGGACGAUCCUACAGAUGACACAACGACACAAGCAACCAUGCGUAACCAAACCCUGGCUAUAGAUGCCAUGAACGAUGCUCUUUUCACAAAUCAAGACAUCCUACAUGUCCUACGACAGCUACCGCAAAAGAAAGCACCGGGGCCAGACGGAAUAAACUAUCGAAUAGUUAAGAUCGCAAUACGGUCGCACGUCAACCUCUUCCGUGCGAGCACGUCAACCUCUUCCGUACCCUUUUCAGCAAACUUCUUUCCACUGGCACAUUCCCCAGGUGCCUCAAAAUUGGCACAGCAAUAA